AUGAUACAUCAGUUAGUACUAUACAGUAUACACGUUAUAUUAAUAUUCAAACCCUUCAAACGGCUCUUCAGUUACAACAGUCUGUAUCUUGCCAGUCAUUACAAUAUUUUGUAUUAUAGGCAUUUACAUACUAAGAACGUUUCCAAUUUAAAUUCAAAAAAAUAAUUAUUAAAUCGUUAAAAUGAAUAUAAUAUUUUCAAGUUGUGUGACUUUCAUAUUUUUGUUAAGUGCAUCGGAACAAACGUAUUUUCUAAGUAAAAACUACAUAAAUACAAUUAAUAAUAAUGCAAGGACUUGGAAGGCUGGUAUCAACUUUCAUCCGGAAACACCAUUGAAAUUCAUAUUGAGACUUUUAGGGUCAAAAGGUGUGAAAGACUCGUUGACGGGUCCAUUUAAAUCGCACGACCCGUUGUAUAAGACAAAUAUAAGUAUUCCGAUAGAAUUUGACGCCAGAAAACAAUGGAAGAACUGUACGACGAUCAGGACGAUUCGUGAUCAAGGCAAUUGUGGUUCAUGUUGGGCGUUCAGUACAACUGGGGCGUUUGCCGAUCGUCUGUGUAUAAAUUCAAGCGGGAGAUUCAAUGAAUUAUUAUCAGCCGAACAUGUUACGUCUUGUUGUUACCAAUGUGGUUUAGGUUGUCAAGGAGGUUAUCCUAUCAAAGCUUGGAAAUAUUAUUACAAACAUGGUUUGGUCACUGGAGGAAACUUUAACUCAUUUAAAGGAUGCCAGCCGUAUAAGUUUUCACCAUGCUCAGAAAACGAUUCAUGUAGCGGUCAAACAGAAAAAAAACACAAAUGUCAAAAAAAAUGCUACGGAAAUACGACUAUUAACUAUAGGAAUGAUCACAGAUAUAUUAAAGAAAAGCCAUAUAAUUUGGAGUACAAUUCCAUACAACACGAUAUAAUGACGUAUGGACCUAUCGAGGCAUCUUUUGAAGUCUACGAUGAUUUUCUAUCGUACAAGUCAGGUGUUUAUUCGGUAUCACCUAAUGCCACGUAUUUGGGAGGCCAUUCUGUGAAGUGUAUCGGAUGGGGAGUCGAAAAAAACGUGUCUUACUGGUUGAUGAUGAAUUCAUGGAACAGUACAUGGGGAGACGAAGGAUAUUUUAAAAUUCGGCGGGGUACUAAUGAGUGCAAAGUCGAUAAUUCAACAUCUGCUGGGAUACCCGAAUAUUAUGCAUAAAUGAAUCAGCGGCAUCUAUGUAUAUUAAAGAUUACAACCAACUACAAGAAUAUCAUAUAUACAAAACAUUUUAAAAUACACGUUUAUAUCUGAUAUAUUUUUAUUUAUUUUUUUUUCGUAGUAUGAAUUAUAAUAUAAAUUACAAAUUAAUGUGCUAGUUCUAUUUAUAUUUAUAUAUUCAUAGUUUUUAGUUACCGGAGAAUCAAUACAAAUAAGGUUUAUAUUAUUUCCAGAAAAAUGAAAGUAAUAAUCGUAAAGUAAAUAUCAUUGACAGCGGAAUAAAUUAAAAGUCAAAGUACAUCAAUAAUAAUAUUUUGUGCACACAAUUUAUCGGAAAUAGUCCAUUGAUAAUAUUGAAUUAUAGACAGUUAUAAAAUAUAUUGAUAAAAGAAAUUUGUGAUAAACCCAAAUCAUAAUCAAUACGAUCGAUGAUACUAAUAAAAAUCAAAAUAAAGCUAAGAAGGACAAAUAGCGCUAGCAAAUGGUAAGGAAGUCUAAUCAAGAAUCAUCGAAUAAGCUGAUCAACGUCAAUAAGAUAUUUUAAUUCUCAUUGUAAUAACUUAAUCAAAUUAAAUCGUUAAAAUAUUUUACAAUUUCAUCAUUUGAAACUCAAGCAAGUGCACUUAGAUGUCGAACUUAUUAUUGACAGUUUUUCACAAAAAUUUUAAAAAAUACGAUGAUAUUCCCUAUGACGUACUAAAACAUUUAUAUUUAAUCUUUAACUAAAUAAGAUAAUUGAUA